AUGGCGGCUGCAAUGGCGGAGUUGACUCGCCAAAACCAAGAGUUAAGAAUGGAGAUCAAUCAGAGAAGACAGACACGUGAGGAACGUGAAGAAGGAGGACAAACACAAGGUCAUGGUGAUAGAGAAAAUACUGAGAUUGGAAGUCAGUUAAGAGGCACCACUUCACGGACGGUACCACACUUAAAAGAAGAGAUGGACCAAAUGAAGAAAGUUAUGGAGGAAAUGAAAGAGAACAUGAGGAGGACGAAUCCCAUAGAAGAUUUGGUCCACAGAAUUGACUCUCCUUUUACGGCUUCCAUCAACGGUCAUCUUCUACCAUCAAAAUUCAAACUGCCUUCCCUGGAUUCGUACGAUGGAACGCGUGACCCAUUUGACCACAUUGCUACUUUCAAGACAACGAUACACCUUCAAGGGGUCCCUAAUGAAAUCAUGUGUAGAGCCUUCUCUACCACCCUUAAAGACCUGGCACAACUAUAUGAGAAGGAGCCUCAAACCAUGGCUGAACUCGUCCAUUCGGCUCAGAACUUCAUGAGUACAGAAGAUGCGAUCAUAGCCAAGAAGAGGAAAAGAGCUGAAAGGAUGGGAGCGCACCCAGCACGCCACUUAGAACAAGGCCCUCGUCCAAAGAAGGGACGGACGGAAGAUAAGAAGGAACGAGAUAACAGGAAGACGGGUCCUUUGGGAAGAAGCCAAAACUAUACGCCCCUGAAUGCUCUACUUGAUCAAGUGCUCAUACAAGGAAAGCUGAGGCACUUCGUUGGAAGGGAUCAUAAAGAUGAGAAGUUGAAAGGAAAAAUGGAGGAAUCGUCCCGGCCCCCACUAGGAGAGAUAAGGAUUAUCAUUGGAGGAAACUCGACGGGGCAAUCUUCCAAGUCGAAGAAGACGUAUCUCAAAGUGGUGCAAAACGUCCAACUCUCUGGAAGAUCACCAAGGACGAGAUCAAUGGACGAGCAGGCCAUUUCCUUCACCGACGAAGAUGCUGAGAGGAUCCAUCACCCGCAUGACGAUGCAAUUGUCAUUACUCUACUUAUUGCAGAUUAUACAACCAGGAGAGUGUUAGUUGACAAUGGAAGCUCAGCAGAUAUAUUGUACUACUCUACCUUCCAACAGAUGAGGCUUGGGCGGGAUCAACUUCGCCCAGUAUGUUCACCACUGAUAGGGUUCGGAGGAAUGAAGGUGCAGCCCGUAGGCACCAUUACAUUACCAGUAGUGGUAGGGUCAUACCCGCAGCAGAUAACUAGAGAAGUUAAUUUCCUCGUGGUGGACUGUUCGUCUUCAUACAAUGCCAUUAUUAGAAGACCAACUCUGAACAGUUGGAAGGCGAUAACAUCUACCUACCAUCUAUCAGUCAAAUUCCCUACGGAGUACGGGAUAGGGCAAGCACAAGGAGAUCAGUUGGCAACCAGAGAAUGCUAUUUAGCCAUGAUGGCUUUGGACGAACAGGUGCAGACAAUGAGCAUUGAGGAAAGAAGGGUUGUUGCAGAGCCCACAGAAGUAUUGGAAGAUGUUCUUUUGCAAGAAGAUGAUCUCGAGAAAUUCACCAGAAUUGGAACAGGUAUGAAGGAGAAGGCAAGAAAAGACCUAAUCCAAUUCUUGAGAAAGAGUAUCGAUGUUUUUGCAUGGAGUCAUGAUGACAUGCCGGGAAUCGACCCAAGUGUAAUCACUCAUCGAUUGAAUGUGUACCCCUUUUCUAAGCCUGUUUGUCAGAAGAAGAGGGUGUUCGCUCCUGAGCGGGAUAAGGCAAUCAAGGAAGAGGUUCAGAAACUGACCAUGACACAGUUCAUUAAGGAAGUCUAUUACCUGAAUUGGUUAGCCAAUGUGGCGAUGGUGAAGAAAGCAAAUGACAAGUGGAGAAUGUGCGUAGAUUUCACUGACUUGAAUAAGGCUUGUCUCAAGGAUAGUUAUCCUUUGCCACGCAUCGAUCAAUUGGUGGACUCUACGGCUGACCAUCAAUUGCUGAGAUUCAUGGACGCCUUCUCAGGAUAUAAUCAGAUCAAGAUGGAUGAAGUUGAUCAGGAAAAGACCUCCUUCAUUACCAGCCAAGGCUUGUUUUGCUACAAAGUGAUGCCCUUCGGUUUGAAGAACGCAGGGGCAACUUAUCAAAGGUUGGUAAAUCACAUGUUUCGUUCACAGAUAGGAAGGAAUGUAGAGGUCUAUGUCGAUGACAUGCUUGUGAAGAGCAUAGACGAGGGAAGCCAUUUAGACGAUCUACAGGAAACCUUUGAAACACUUAGGCGAUAUAAGAUGAAAUUGAACCCAAGUAAGUGUGCAUUCGGAGUAUUGUCGGGAAAGUUUUUAGGGUUCGUGGUUUCACAAAGAGGAAUCGAGGCGAAUCCAGACAAGAUCCAAGCCAUAUUGGACAUGGAACCACCGAAGAAUAUCAAGGAAGUCCAAUCCCUCACUGGACGAGUUGCUGCUUUGAACAGGUUUAUUUCGAAAGCCACAGACAAAUGUUUACCUUUCUUCAAAAUCCUCAGGAAGGCAUUCGAAUGGACAGACGAAUGUCAAAAGGCCUUCCAAAACUUGAAGGACUAUCUCACUACAGCUCCAUUAUUAAGUCCGUCUGUGCAAGGAGAAGAACUGUACCUAUACUUAGCGGUGUCCCCACAUACCGUAAGCUCAGCUCUAAUCAGAGAGGAAGGGAAAGUACAAAAACCCGUGUACUACACUAGCCGAGCACUCAGAGGAGCAGAGGGAAGGUACCCGCUUAUAGAGAAAUUGGCUUUUGCACUGAUAACAGCUUCUAGGAAGUUAAGACAUUACUUCCAAGUUCAUGUUAUCAAUGUCAUGACGGACCAUCCGUUCAAGAAGGCAAUGAACAAGCUGGAAGCUGCAAGACGGCUGAUUCAAUGGGCGGUGGAACUUAGUGAAUUCGACAUUCGGUACCAACCGAGAAACGCAAUAAAGGCUCAAGCCCUAGCAGAUUUCAUUGCAAAGUUCACUCCGAGUUACGAGGAUCUUGGGGAAGGAGAGUACAAUAAAAAAUGGGUCGUCCAUGUAGAUGGAUCGUCUACAUUGUAUGCUGGAGGAAUAGGAGUUGUUUUGCAGGCACCAGAAGGAGACAAGUUAAAGUACAAGGCUCGUUUGCAAUACCAGACUACUAAUAAUGAAGUGGAGUAUGAAGCCCUUUUAAAGGGAUUGGAGUUGGCUAAGUUUGUAGAAGCAAACUCAAUACUUGUCUUGGGAGACUCUCAGGAAGAGAAUGUGGAAGCAGAUAUUCUGGCAAAAGAAGCGUCUGCAAAUGAAGCAGUGGACGAGUUGGAUGCAGUACAAUACAUGCCAAGUAUAGACCUUCCAGAGAUGCUGCAGAUAAAGGGUGACGAAAAUUGGAUGACCCCAAUAGUGUCAUACUUGAAGGAUGGAAGGCUUCCAGAAGAGAAGGACGAAACUAGGAAGCUCAAGGUCAAAUCAGCCAGGUACAUACUUAUGGAUGAAGUGUUAUACAAAAGAUGUUUGGCUCCGGACGAGGCAAACUACAUGUUGAGGAAGGUUUAUGAAGGAGCAUGUGGUAACCAUUCGUGA